AUGCCCAAUUGGCUUCGUAAAACCAUCACAGCCGAUUCCCGUCCUGACCUCUCUCGUCCCGACCCCGCUGGUCCCGGUCUCUCGCCUCACCAGAACCACGAAUUGCAGAACAUAAGCAAGUCGCCCUCUGUCGUCACCGCGUACAAAGACGGAACUCCAGUCCGAUCGGCUCCUCCCACAUACAAUUCUCAUGCCGGUUCUUCUUCCCGUGGCGGUCCUUCCAGUCGUCCCGGUCCCUGGACUCCUCGUCGGGAUUCAGAGCUGAACAAGCUGAAGAAGAAGCACAAAACAGACAUCAGCGUUGUCAGAGACGGACCCGCAGACCCACCUGCUCUUGGAAGAUGGGGAAGUCGGGAUGCUGUGCAUGGUCCUGUUGAAGAGACCCUCGUGCAAGAGACGCCUAUCGAGACGCUUAUAGAGCGGAACAGAGCCGAAGUGCGGAGGUUGCUACAGGAAGGAGAUCCGGAUAGGGAUGAGAUGAUUAGGCAACGUAGUGAGGAGUUACUGAACAAGAACAAGGAUUUCAUCAGCGAAAGGCCGUUGAGUCCCCAGGAGUCUAGAUGA